AGAAUUCGGCAGAACGGACUUUCAGCUGAAGCGAGAGCAGAAGAUGAAGAGCCUUGUGUUUUUGCUGUUGGUGGCCGGUGCCAGUGCCAAAGUGUUUGAGCGCUGUCAGUGGGCCCGCCUGCUGAAGGCUCAGGGAAUGGAUGGGUAUCGCGGUGUGAGCCUGGCCAACUGGGUCUGCCUGACACAACAUGAGUCUAGAUUCAACACCAAUGCCAUCAACCACAACAGGGACGGGUCAACGGAUUAUGGCAUCUUCCAGAUCAACAGUUAUUGGUGGUGUGACGAUGGAAAAACCGGAAGAGUCAACGGGUGCAAAAUUCCAUGCAGCGCGCUUCUGUCUGACUCGGUGGGCACAGCCAUCGCCUGUGCCAAACGCAUCGUUCAGGAUCCAAGUGGCAUAGCUGCCUGGGUGGCUUGGCGUGAUCACUGCAGAGGGAGAGACGUGAGUUCCUACAUCCAGGGAUGUGGAUUCUGAUCAUUUCACACGAUUGAUGUUUCCAUUCAUCAUAUUUACAGAGAAAUAAAUAAAAGUAAAAAUC